AUGACUGGCCGGGCGCUUCAAUGGGCUCAGGCAGUUUUAAAUACCCAGCCCUCUGUGUCAUAUGACGUCUUUCUCAGCAAGUUUCGCUGUGUAUUUGAUAAAGGCGCUAGCUCGGAUGCCGCAGGUCAUCGCAUGUUUUCUCUGAAGCAAGGUAGGAGGAGUGUUGCUGACUUUUCCGUGGAGUUCUGGAUCCUGGCGGAGGAGUCGGGCUGGGAGGAGAAAGCACUGCAUGGAGCCUUCCUCAACAGCCUUAACAAGAAUAUUAAGCGUGAACGACCACAUGCGGGAGUUCGGCAAAAGAACCUUCCUACUCUGAUGUGGAGAAGUGAGGAGGAGGAGCAACACGGGGAUGAAGAGCAACCCAUGCAGCUUGGCGGAGCCAAGCUUUCAUCCUCUAGACUGGGGCGCAAACAACGGACUGACGAAGAGUUAGCCAAGAUCUUAGGCCUGCCCCUACUUCCCCUUCCAGAGGUCCUGAAGGUCUCAGCCUUAAAUGGCGGCCAUCUAGCCUCCGUCACACAUCGCACUCAGGAGGCCAAAGGGUAUGUAACCGACUGGAGCACGCGGUGUCAUGAACAAUGUUUACUUGCCGCUGUCCCGGACAAUCCCGGGACCGCCUCUGCGAAAAGCUCCUCACCCCCCGACCUUUCCUUGGUGCCCGCCGAAUACCACGACCUCGGCCAGGUAUUCAGCAAAAGUAAGGUGUUGUCUUUGCCUCCACAUCGGCCUUACGACUGUGGAAUUGACCUACUCCCAGGCGCUCCCCUGCCAACAAGUUGGCUCUACAGUCUGUCUAAACCGGAACGCGAGACCAUGGAACGCUACAUAACGGAGUCUCUGGCCGCAGGUAUUAUUCGCCCAUCUACUUUGCCUUUAGCAGCAGGAUUCUUUUUUGUAAAAAAGAAAGAUAAGAGCCUGCGUCCCUGCACUGACUUUCGAGGGCUGAACAAGAUCACUGUUAGGAAUAAAUAUCCACUCCCCCUGCUGGCCUCAGCAUUCGAACUACUACAGGGAGCGCUCCUGUUCACCAAACUGGAUCUUCAGAACGCCUAUCAUCUGGUUUGCAUCCGCAAGGGUGACGAGUGGAAGACGGCUUUCAACACCCACCUGGAGCACUUCGAAUACUUAGUGAUGCCUUUCGGUCUUGGUAACGCCCCUGCAGUCUUCCAGGCCCUGAUUAAUGAUGUGCUCAGGGACUUUAUUAACCAUUUUGUCUUCGUGUAUCUGGAUGACAUUCUGAUUUUUUCCAGGUCGCAGUCUGAGCACAUCAACCAUGUACGUCUGGUUCUACGGCGCCUAUUGGAGAACCGCCUUUUUGUGAAAGCGGAAAAAUGUGAGUUCCAUGUGCAAACUGUUUCUUUUCUGGGUUUCAUUGUGGAACAGGGGCGUUUGCGAGCUGACCUGGCCAAAGUCAAAGCCGUAGUGGAAUGGCCUAUUCCCAAGACCCGCAAGGAGGUGCAGAGGUUCCUGGGCUUCGCCAAUUUCUACCGCUACUUUAUCAGGGAUUUCAGCAAGGUAGCCCUCCCUCUAACCAACCUAACUUAUCCUAAGUUGUCUUUCCAGUGGUCCUCCGCAGCCCAGCAAGGUUUGAUCGGAGGAAUGGCGACAUUGGCUGGAGGGCACUGAGCAGCCUUUCGUGGUGUAGACGGACCACAAAAAUCUGGCGUAUCUCCAGGCAGCCAAGCGACUCAACGCCCGACAAGCCAGGAGGGCAUUGUUUUUUACCCGUUUUCACUUCUCCAUUACUUACAGGCCCGGUUCUAGGAACACUAAGCCAGACGCGUUGUCGCGCCAGUUCGCACCUGUGACCGAUGAGGAUGAGAAGGAAAAACCCAUCCUGCCCCCCACCUGCAUUGUGGGUGCACUGACAUGGGUGGUCAGGGACGCCCAGCGACAGGAGCCCGACCCUGGCACGGGCCCGAA